AUGGCUAUUGUGGUGACAUUUGGCUCGAGUGGUGUCUCUGAAAGACAUUUGAUGUCCAGACAGUUGUCGGUUGACUGCGACCUCACGAGCCAACACACGAUCGCCGAAGAGAUGGUUAAAGCAAUCGGUCAUCACUUCCUUCACGACGAGAGGGACCGCAAGUAUUACGCCGACAGCUAUUCCUGUCGUCCGCCGCCGCUCUUCAUUAUCACCAUUACAUUCAUUGAACUGGCAUUCUUCAUAUACUACACGAUCGUAUUGGGAGUGACGUCUUCGGGACCCAUUCCUAUCGACAGUCUCUUUAUAUACAGACCCGACAAAAGGGACCAAAUCUGGCGCUUUGUCUUCUAUUUGGUAUUACACGCGGGAUGGAUUCAUUUGAUAUUCAAUUUAUUGGUACAAUUGUUGGUCGGAUUGCCUCUUGAGAUGGUUCACGGAUCCGCUCGAAUUGGAACCGUAUAUAUGGCCGGAGUUUUGGCCGGAUCGUUGGGUACGUCUGUGUUUGAUUCGGAUGUAUAUCUAGUCGGGGCUUCGGGUGGUGUCUACGCUCUAUUGGCCGCACAUUUGGCGAAUGUAUUACUCAAUUAUAAUCACAUGGAAUCCGGAAUCUUAAGACUAUUUGCUGUGUUUGUUAUCGCGUCGACUGAUGUCGGGAUAGCUAUAUAUGACAGGUAUUAUCACGAAAGUGAAGGUCCCGUUUCAUACGUGGCUCAUCUGACCGGAGCGUUGGCCGGACUUACCAUCGGUUUAUUAGUGCUCAAAAACUUUGAACAAAAACUUCACGAACAGCUCAUGUGGUGGAUAGCACUCGGAGUAUACGGCGCUUGUAUUUUGUUUGCUAUUCUCUAUAAUGUGUUCAACUGAUUGAAUGACAGUAAGAAUUGAGCGAAACGUUUGUCCAAUUGAUUGAAUCAAUCCAUUACUGCUCAGGGAUUCAAACAUUUUUGCUGACAAUUGCUUUUUUGAAAGCUUUAUAUUAUUUUUUUAUUGUUCAAUGAAAUUGAUAAUUUUUAUACUAUACAUGACUUUUUCACGCAUUCUCACUAUUUUUAUGUUUAAUUUAACAUAACUUUUCACUGAAACUCUUAACGCAAAUCUCAA